AUGGCGUCGACCACUUGUGCAAGGGAGGUGCAUUACAGAGGAGUAAGGAAGAGACCAUGGGGUCGUUACGCAGCUGAGAUUAGAGAUCCUUGGAAGAAAACUAGGGUUUGGUUAGGCACUUUCGACACUCCCGAAGAAGCUGCUCUCGCCUACGACGGCGCCGCCCGUUUCCUCCGUGGAAUCAAAGCUAAAACUAACUUCCCUUCUCCUCUCUCUCUCGACCUUAACCACAUCCCUUCUCCCUCCGCCGCAGCCGCCGCGGCAGUAAACCACCAAAACCAACACCUCUGGUUCUCCGCUCCUCCUCCUCCUCCUCCUCCUCUUCACAUCUCCGGAAAUUACCGACAACACCGACUCUAUCUCCGAACCGGAGUGCUAAACGACAGAACCCCCUCUACAGAAGCGCCGUUUUACUUCGCGGCAUCGCCUGCCGCAGCCACGUCGUCGCCUCGAGUGCUUGAGUUAAUGAGUUCUUCUCCUUCCUCCCCUACGGAGAGACGUGGCUUAGCCAUUGAUCUCAACGAGCCGCCGCCUCUUUGGCUGUAGAACAGACGAUGUAGACGGAGAUUAACGGCGCCGUUUGGAACACUUACGGCACAACUAUUACGGUUUUUUUUUUUUUUGUAACUUUAGUUUCUUUUAGCAAAUAUCUUCUUUUUAGAGUCGUAUGAGUAGUUUUCUUUUAACCUUGUGCUUUUUUGGCUAUG